AUCUGUUUGCCGGCGUCUCUGUUUCUCCAAAGAGAAACUUGAAAAGAAUUCCCGUAACCAAUGCACUUGCAUCACCUAGUUUAUAACGCAAGACGGCCGUUAUUCCUAUGGAAUUUGAUGAUUAGAACAUCUGCAAGAGAUGGGUUAUUCACAGAAACACUUGAAAUUUACUCGUCGAUGUCUAAAUUUGGGGUUUGCGGGAGUAACUUCACGUUUCCUUUGAUUUUAAAGGCCUGUGGGAAACUUGGUUUGCUAAGAGAUGGUACAAAGGUACAUGCUCAUACAUUACUGAUGGGUUUCGACAAUGACCUCUUUGUACAAACAGCUUUGAUCCACAUGUACGGCAAAUGCUCAAAUUUGGCUGCUUCCCGUCAAAUAUUUGAUGAAAUGCCCGUUAAAAGCUUGAUUUCUUGGAAUUCAAUGAUAUCAACCUACUGUAAUUAUUCUUUGAUUAAAGAAUCAUUUAAGUUGUUGAAGCAAAUGCAGGUACUCGGUCUGCAACCAAGCUUGAGCACUUUUGUGAGCAUUGUUUCUGGUUGCUCUUCCUCGGGCUCUGCCAUCUGGCAUGACUUAUUGAUACACUGUUGCGGUAUUAAACUUGGUCUGGAUUCUGAUUUACACCUUUCUAAUUCAAUUAUGAGUAUGUACGUGCAGCGUGGUAAUAUCAAUGCUGCUCUUUCUAUCUUCUAUUCGAUGGCUGAGAAAUCAGUUGUUUCCUGGACGACAAUCAUUAGCUGGUAUGUGGAUAGGGGGGAUGUUGCCAAAGGAUUUUAUAUUUUCAACCAGAUGCGACGAGAAGAGGUUGGUUUAGACUCGGUGGUGUUCAUACAUCUUACUUCUGGUUGUCUCCAAGUGGGAAGAGUAUCAAUAGUUUCCUCGGUCCAUGCUCUGAUUCUCAAAACUGGGUGCAAUUAUGAAGAACCAAUUCAAAACUCUCUUAUAAGCAUGUAUGCAAAGUGUGGUGAUCUUAUAUCUGCUCAAAGGGUUUUCGAUGUAGGGGAGAAAAAAAGUGUAGUACUAUGGACAUCAAUGAUUGGUGGAUAUGUCUACUCUGGGCAUCCAAGUGAAGCAUUGAAUCUUUUCAAGAAUUUGUUGACGACAAGCAUUAGGCCGAAUAGGGUAACAUUAGCUACUGUACUUUCAGCUUGUGCUAAUUUGGGGGCAUUGAGCAUGGGAGAAGAAGUCGAGGGUUAUAUUAAGUUGAAUGGGAUGGAAUCAGACUUGCGCCUUCAGACAGCAUUAAUUCACAUGUACUGCAAAUGUGGAAGCAUAAUGAGGGCAAAAGAAAUAUUUGACAGGGUCUCUAACAAAGAUCUAGCUGUCUGUAGUUCCAUGAUAAAUGGUUAUGCAAUCCAUGGGAGGGGAAAAGAAGCUUUAAAUCUCUUCUUAAACAUGCAGAAAGAAGAGGGAAUCAAGCCAGAUGCAGUUGUAUUCACAACUGUGUUAUCAGCUUGUAGCCAUUCAGGCUUCGUUGAAGAUGGUCUGAAGUACUUCCAUAUUAUGCAGAGGGAUUAUGGAUUAGAACCUACUAUAGAACAUUAUUCAUGUUUAGUGGAUCUUCUUGGUCGAGCUGGGUACUUGAACUUAGCUUUGAAAACCAUCCAACAGAUGCCUUUGCAUGCACAAAAGGCUCAAGUUUGGGCACCAUUACUUAGUGCAUGCAGAACCCAUCACAAUAUUCAGCUUGGAGAGUUUGUAGCUAAGAAAUUGUUUGCUAUGGAGCCUCAAACCACGGGUAAUUACAUAUUAUUGGCUAAUACAUAUACAUCUGUUGGAAAAUGGACAGAUGCAGUGGCAAUGAGAAGGUUGAUUAAUGAGAGAGGAAUGGUGAAGGAAGCUGGGUGGAGCCAGAUUGAUGUUAAUGAUACGGUCUGCUCCUUGCCCUUUGGAAAUCAGUUACGUCACAUCAUUGAUCCUUUGAGUUUUAUGCAGAGCUUGAAAAUCUAAAUGAGGUCAGAGAUGCAUGGUGUGUUGCAAAAACUGAAGUUGUUAUGCACAACUUUGAGUAGGAAACGGAUGCAUUGAGGUCACCAGUAUGUUGUCUAUGUUUGUCUUCUUCUUAUUGCUGAGUCACGUUCUACUAUGAAGACCACGAAGAAUUGGUGGACUUUGCGAUGACUGUCACUGUGCACUAAAGGUUAUUCUUGAAGAUCACCAGCUGCAUCCCAUUGUGUUAGAUGGCCACUGUUUGCAAAAUUUCGAUAAUGGUUCGUAUUUGAUACUCAUACUUGAAUUACUGGUCAUUCCUUCCGUUUGGUGCAAAUUACGACUUUUCUAAUUCACUAGUUUGGAAUUAAUUACUUUGUGUUCCUUACAUAAAGCUAUCACAUUUAUCAAAUUGCAGAUUGAAGAGGUGGAGAGAACCACAUGUUUUGGAAUUUGCUGUCUUCUGUGAUUUUUUUGGUGAGUAAUUAUCUUCAGUUUUUAAAAUGUUACAACUUGCAUAUUAUUUAUUUACUUGUGGCUUCUGUGCUUAAAGUUAAAGCCUUAAACCAU